AUGAUGAUCAGCAAGACGAUCUAUGCAUUGUGUGCGGCAGCUGUGACGUUCUCUGGUGGUACAGUGGAUGCGACGACGGAGGCGGCGGAGACGUUUGGCUGGCUAUUACCGAAGAGCCACAACACUGGCUACGGAGGUGCUAGUGCACUUGGCGGUCUCAAGGCUGGUGCUGGUGGCUACGGCGCUACGGGCGUGGAUCUCAACGCAAAUGCUGGUCUCGGUGCACUUGGUUACGGCAAUGCCAACGCCGGCACCGGUCUCGAUGCUCGUGCCGGCAUCAACGCGAACGCAGGCCUCAAGGCGAAUGCUGGACUUCAGGCUGGUGCUGGUCUCAAUACCGGAGCGGGUCUUGACGCCAAUGCAGGUUUGAAAGCGAACGCCGGACUCAACGCAGGUGCUGGACUUAAUGCUGGUGCCGGUCUCAAUGCUGGCGCCGGCCUCAGCGCUGGUGCUGGACUCAAUGCUGGUGCCGGUCUAAAGGCUGGCGCCGGCCUCAAUGCUGGUGCCGGUCUCAACGUUGGUGCUGGCCUCAGCGCUGGUGCGGGUCUUAACGCCAAUGCAGGAUUGAAAGCGAACGCCGGACUCAGCGCUGGUGCCGGACUCAACGCUGGUGCCGGCCUCAAUGCUGGUGCCGGUCUCAACGUUGGUGCUGGCCUCAGCGCUGGUGUGGGUCUUAACGCCAAUGCAGGAUUGAAAGCGAACGCCGGAGUCAACGCUGGUGCCGGACUCAACGCUGGUGCCGGACUCAACGCUGGUGCCGGCCUCAAUGCUGGUGCCGGUCUCAACGUUGGUGCUGGCCUCAGCGCUGGUGUGGGUCUUAACGCCAAUGCAGGAUUGAAAGCGAGCGCCGGACUCAACGCUGGUGCCGGCCUCAAUGCUGGUGCCGGUCUCAAGGUUGGUGCUGGUCUCAACGCUGGUGCCGGUCUCAACGUUGGUGCUGGCCUCAGCGCCGGUGCGGGUCUUAACGCCAAUGCAGGAUUGAAAGCAAAUGCCAGACUCAACGCUGGUGCCGGUCUCAAGGUUGGUGCCGGAUUCAACGUUGGUGCUGGCCUCACCGCAGGUACGGGUCUUAACGCCAAUGCAGGAUUGAAAGCGAACAACGCUGGUGCCGGACUCAACGCUGGUGCCGGCCUCAAUGCUGGUGCCGGUCUCAACGUUGGUGCUGGCCUCAAUACCGGUGCGAGGUUUAACGCCAAUGCAGGAUUGAAAGCAAAUGACGGACUCAACGCUGGUGCCGGUCUCAAGGUUGGUGCUGGUCUCAUUGCUGGUGCCGGACUCAACGCUGGUCCCUGCCUCAACGCUAAUGCCGGCCUCAGUGCUGGUGCCGGUCUCAACGCUGGUGCUAGUUUGAAUACUGGUGCCGGCACAAGUGUGAAGAAGGGCACCAACACGGACAGCUACUCGAAGGGGACGAGUGCCAUCGCUUCGUUAGCCCCAGAGAAGACAGCUAACCAAGCUUCUCAGAUGGCUACUCAGACGUCCACGAAGCCCAGCACUUACCGCCACCUGCGCGCUUAA